AUGCAAAAGAAGCGUGUGAACCAAAUAAGCGAAGACAAAACCACAUUGGUCGAAGAAUUGUUCAAAGUGGAAAUAUAUGGCGAAGUGCACAACAUAGGUAGAAAGAUCGAAUGCAAACUGUCAGUGAAUAAUGUGCAAAUUUCGUUUGAAGUGGACACAGGGUCCCCUGUUUCGAUAAUCAACUUGGAAGAUGCCAAAAGAAACUUCGCAAAAUCGCAAUUAAAAGAAGCUAAAAUACAGCUUGUGAGUUAUUGUGGCACACCUUUGGAAUGUUUAGGUUACAUUUGGGUACGCGUUGCGGACAAGUUGAGUGAUAAAAUGCUAAAAUUGUAUAUCGUGAGAUCAGAUCGUAGACCACUUCUGGGCCGGGAAUGGCUGCGUGAAAUAAAAGUCGACUGGAACGAUAUACUGAGCAGUGAAACGUACACCGUGUCGCGUAUUAACCAAAUUGAAGAUAGUAGCAAAACGUGCAAAAUAGAAAACUUGCUUAAAAGAUUUCCCAAUUUGUUUUCCAAAACUACGGGGAAAAUUCGCGAUUUACAGGCUCGACUGUACGUAAAACCAAAUACAACACCGAAAUUCGUUAAACACAGACGAGUGCCUUUUCCUUUAUUGGAAGCCGUAGAGCGUCAACUAGACGAACAAGUUGCGGAGGGACUUCUUAAGAAGGUGGAAACAAGUGAGUGGGCCACACCGAUCGUUGUAGUACGCAAGAAAGGUGGCAAUAUACGAAUAUGCGGCGACUAUAAGGUAACCCUUAAUCCAGUAUUACUAGUCGACGAGCAUCCUUUGCCAACAGUGGAUGAACUUUUUAGCAAGAUGGCUGGAGGGCAAAAGUUUUCAAAAAUUGACUUGUCUACAGCAUAUUUGCAAUUAGAAAUCCACCCGGAAGACCGACAUUUACUCACACUAAGCACGCAUAAGGGGUUAUACGAACCCACACGAAUGAUGUACGGAAUCGCAAGCGCUCCGGCAAAAUGGCAACGUGUAAUGGAACAAUUACUAAGCGGUAUCCCCGGGGUGUCAGUAUUUUUAGACGAUAUUAAGAUCACGGCAUCAGACGAUGGUAUGCACCUACGACGCGUUGAAGAAGUCCUCAGCAGACUCGAUCGGUGCAACAUGCGGGUGAAUCUCGAAAAAUCUGAAUUCUUCAAAGAUAGCAUAGAAUACUGUGGCUACAUUAUCAGCAAAGAGGGCAUUCGGCGAAUGAAAAGUAAGAUCCAGGCGAUCCAAGACAUGAAAGUGCCUACUAACCGAGAGGAGGUUAGAGCCUUUAUGGGCCUCGUGAAUUAUUACGGCAGAUUUGUGCGAAAUCUAAGUGACAUAGUAUACCCUAUUAAUCGGCUACUGCAAAACAGCGUAGAGUUCAUUUUCGAUAACAAAUGUAUGAAGGCAUUCGAAGAAAUUAAAAAAUAUAUGCAAUCGGACAUCAUACUCACACAUUAUGAUCCGAAGUUACCAGUCACCUUGGCCGUUGAUGCCAGCCCAAUUGGAGUCGGCGCAAUAUUGAGUCACACGUAUGGCGAUGGUUCGGAAAGGCCGAUACAAUUCGCUUCACAAACGCUGAACAAAGUACAACAGCGCUAUUCACAACUGGACAAAGAAGCCUAUGCAAUCAUAUUUGGGAUACAUAAUCGGGCAAUUUCGCAAAUAUUUUCACCAAGUAAGGGGAUACCAACCCACUCAGCAACUCGUAUGCAACAUUAUGCAUUAUUGUUUGAACAGUACGAUUACGUUAUCAAAUGCAAGCGUUCGAAAGACAACGCUAAUGCAGAUGCGCUGUCAAGGCUGCCAACCAUAGAGGAACACAAAUGCACAGAGGAGGUGUACAUGGUGGAAGAAGAAUUGUUGGAUAAUUUACCAAUAACCGUCACCGAUCUCCAACGAGAAACAAAGGCGGAUAAAUCGAUUAAAUCCUUGCUAGAAGGUUUGAGAUACGGCCGAAUCUGCGAACCAAAAGACCGUUUUGACAUUGACCAACAUGAGUUCACACUACACAAUGGUUGUAUCUUGCGGGGAAUACGUGCGUAUAUCCCUAGGAGUCUUAGGCAAAGAGUACUGGACGAAUUGCAUACAGCACACUUCGGCAUAGUUCGAAUGAAAAGUCUAGCCAGAGCUUAUGUUUGGUGGAACCAAUUAGACAAACACAUUGAAGAGCUAGUACAGAAAUGUGUACCGUGUCAAACCACAAGACCCAAUCCAAAAAAGGAGCCACCAGGCCACACUUGGAAAACGCCUACUAAAGCGUUUGAACGGGUCCAUAUAGAUUAUGCCGGCCCGAUAAUGGGCAAAUAUUUGUUCGUACUUAUCGAUGCCUACAGCAAGUGGCCUGAAGUACACGUAACGCCUAAUAUGAAUACAGAAACCACCAUUGAAAAAUGUCGGGAAAUAUUUUCGCAAUUUGGUAUCCCGAACAUUAUG